GCAGGCGUUCUGAAUAGUUAAAUAAAACAAGUGGUUAAAAGCUACACAAAUCACGAUGGUGAGCACCAAAACGCAGCUGGAGGAACUGCAGGAGUACUUUAAAGGCCACAACAAAACCAGAGAAGCAUCGAAAGCGCACACGGCCAAGGUGCACUCGGUCGGGUGGAACUGCGAUGGGCGUCGUUUGGCGUCCGGUUCGUUCGACAAAACGGUGGCCGUGUUUACGCUGGACCGUGAUCGAUUGAACAAAGAAAACACUUACCGUGGCCAUACGGGUUCGGUGGAUCAGCUGUGCUGGCAUGCGUCGAUGCCGGAUCUGCUGAGUACCGCCAGUGGAGACAAAACGGUCCGCAUCUGGGAUGUGCGCGUGGGCAAGUGUGCCACGUUUAUCAAUACGAAGGGCGAAAACAUAAACAUUACCUGGUCACCGGAUGGGAACACGAUAGCGGUCGGGAAUAAGGAGGAUCUCGUAACGUUCAUUGACACCCGGACGCACAAAAUACGGGCCGAGGAGCAAUUCAGCUUCGAGGUGAACGAAAUCGCCUGGAGCAACGGGAGUGACCUGUUCUUUCUCACCAACGGCCAGGGCUGUGUGCACAUACUGAACUACCCGAAUCUGGAGCUACAGCAAAUCCUGAAGGCCCAUCCGAGCACGUGUAUCUGCAUCGAGUUCGAUCCCACCGGCAAGUACUUUGCGACCGGUUCGGCCGACGCACUCGUGUCGCUGUGGGACGCUGAAGAGCUGGCGUGUUUGCGCGUGUUCUCGCGGCUCGAUUGGCCCGUCCGAACGAUUUCGUUCAGUCACGAUGGGAAGCUGCUGGCAUCGGCCAGCGAGGAUUUGAUCAUCGACAUCGGCGAUACCGAGACGGGUGAAAAGGUGUCCGACAUUUCAGUCGAUGCGGCCACCUUCACCGUCGCUUGGCACCCGAAGCAGUACAUAUUGGCGUACGCCUGCGACGACAAGGAUACGAACGAUCGGCGCCGGGAUGCGGGCAGCUUGAAAGUGUGGGGUUUCUCGGAGUAA